GCGUAUAGUCGUCGUACACACGGUGCCACACAGCUCUCUAUGCCCUCUGUGCCCUCGACGAUCGUCCGGCUCGGCUGCGUUUAAGCACGAAGUCAGACGUACGCGCACGGUCCCCGGGCUCUGUGCACCCGGCGGUCGACUAUAUACGCCGCUGGCAGCACGGCAACACACACACACACACCCCCGCAACGCCGCGUCGCGUAGUCACUGUGCUUUCACACCGGCUUCCGCGCGCACAACGCACGCACGUUACCACACCGUGCCAUUCACGCUGCACGGGCGCGCGCGCGACAGGACCCGCCGAUAUUAUAUCACAUCAUAACAAUAUUGCGCGCACACGGCGCCAGAGUCCCCAAACCGUAUAUCCUCCUCCUCUUUUUUCAAUUUUUCAAAUAUUUUUUUUCUUCGCGAGGGCAUAAUAUACUACACACCCCCUGUGUGUGUGUGUGUGUGUGUGUGUGUGUGUGUGUGUGCGUGUGUGUGUGUGUGUAGCUGCACCACCAGUCGUGCGAUAUAAUACGCGCCGCGCCGCACACCGCCGGGCGACUCCGUCAGAGACGCACGUCGUCGCUGUCGUCGCCGUCGUCAACCGCCAACCCCCCUCAGCCGUCGCCGCCGAUAAACGGUUCCGAAUGAAACUAUAAAUGGAAUGUAUAUCACAGUUUUCAUGUCACCUUUACAAAUGUUUAAUGCUUUUGGGCAAACGUAAUCAUUAAAUAGUAUGCAGACUACAGAAUCGUCUUCUAAAAAGUGAAUUAUUAGACCGGACAACUUCAGUUUAGAUUUAGGUGCUAUAUGGUCUUGGUGAGAGGAAUGUUUGAAGAAUGGCUCAAACGAUGUCGCGAAUCCCGCCAACUCGUAGUGGUGAUCGUAGCUAUAGCUUUACUCCUGGACAAUAUGCUUCUUACUACUGUGGUCCCAAUAAUACCGGAAUUUCUUUACGACAUCCAGCACCCCGAUCAACCACUAACUGCUACCAUUUCAUCAGUCCCGCCAAAUGAAUAUCCAGUGCCACAUGGAGCUAUGACAGGUAAUUCAACGAACGGGACAGUGCCGACCUGGGAACAACGAGAAGCGACUCUCAAAAAGGAAAGGCACGACGAUCUGGUUCACGAAACGGUUGCAGUCGGUAUGAUGUUCGCAUCCAAAGCAGUCGUGCAGCUAAUGGUUAACCCCAUUGUCGGACCUCUCACCCACAGAAUUGGCUAUAGCAUACCGAUGUUCACUGGAUUUUUCAUCAUGUUCAUAUCGACCAUAAUAUUUGCUUUCGGACGGAGUUACGGGGUACUGUUUUUGGCUAGAGCGUUGCAAGGGAUCGGAUCGUCUUGUUCGACUGUUUCUGGAAUGGGAAUGUUAGCUGAACGGUACCCUGACGAUAAAGAACGAGGAAACGCAAUGGGUAUUGCACUGGGUGGAUUGGCCUUGGGCGUGUUAAUCGGUCCACCGUUUGGCGGAAUUAUGUACGAGUUUGUGGGGAAAACCGCUCCGUUUUUAAUACUCUCGGCCUUGGCACUAGGAGACGGAUUGCUGCAACUACUGCUUUUACAACCAGGAGUAGUCACAACUGAUGCAGAUCCUCCUUCCUUAAAAUCUUUAGUCAUGGAUCCCUAUAUAAUAAUUGCUGCAGGCGCUAUUACUUUUGCUAAUACGGGAAUCGCAAUGCUUGAACCUUCUUUACCUAUAUGGAUGAUGGAUACUAUGGGUGCCGGAAGAUGGAAACAAGGAGUAACAUUUUUACCAGCGAGUAUUUCUUAUUUGAUCGGAACGAAUUUGUUUGGACCUCUCGGACACCGUAUGGGAAGAUGGUUAGCUGCAAUGAUUGGAUUAAUCGUGAUUGGGAUUUGUUUGAUGAUAAUACCAACGGCUAGAGACAUAAAUCACUUGAUUGUACCGAACGCUGGUCUUGGUUUUGCUAUUGGUAUGGUGGAUUCGUCAAUGAUGCCUGAGCUUGGCUAUUUGGUUGAUAUACGUCAUACAGCUGUAUAUGGUAGUGUUUAUGCGAUUGGGGACGUGGCGUUUUGUUUGGGCUAUACAAUCGGACCGGCUUUAAGCGGAACAUUGGUGAACACAAUUGGAUUUGAAUGGAUGUUAUUUGGAACGGCUAUGUUGAAUUUCUUGUAUGCACCACUUCUCUACUUCCUGCGCAGCCCACCGACAAAAGAAGAAAAAAAAUCGUUGGUCACUGGAGAAAAAUCAUCGGUGCGUUAUAUAACCUAUCAAAACGAAGCGGAAGAAGAAUAACGUGCAUUAUUAGCUUCGUGAUAUAUAACUAACGCUUGAUAAAUUACGCUUUUUCAUUUUUUUUUCUCGGCAAACAUACUUUAAUUGAGAUCAUGGUGACGUUGUCAGCACGUCACCAUAACAAAUAUUAUACAAUACAGAAACUAUAAUAAACAGUUAAUUGUUAUAUAAUAACUUAUAAUAUAAAACACUUUAGAUCGAACAUUUACAUUUCGGUGGUCUAAUUCGAAAAGAUAUUAAUCACAAAGUAAUCACAUUAUACCUAGGCAUAUAUAGCGGCUUUAUUUAUUUGAUAUUUAUAUAUUAUUAUACCUAUAUUCAUAAUCGAAAUGGGCCACCGAUACAACUACGAGACCGUAACUGAUCUUGUCCGUACUUGUAUGCAAAAAUACAGAAAUACCAAAACAAAUCAUAUGCAAAAACUUAACUACGUAUAAUCAUAUUACCUAUUAUCAACAAUAAUAACUAAAAUAACCGACACGUGUAUAUUAUUAUCGCAUUAUACAUCCGAUGACGAAACAUUCAAACACACAAUAUACAAUCGACUUUGCAACUUAUUGAACGUGGUUUAAAAUACAAUAUAUGAAUAUUUUCUUAUACCUAUAUAUUAUUAUAUUAUACUUAAAUUAUAUUAUUAAAUCGUAUUAUUAUGCAUACGCAUUUUAUUGCUCAUCAUUUACAUCAUCAUUGAGCAUCAGAACAUUUUGUUGAUUAAGACUGUUUUAUAAUAAUAAAUAAAUAUAUUAAUCGUGUUUUCUUUAUAUAUAUAAUAAUAAAGUGUCAGACCAAACUAAA